GACCUCAUUCAAUUUUAGGGGAUAGUUUUAGUUUUGUAGCAGCGGUUUAGCACGCACCAGUAGGAAACUGUUGCCAUUGAAAAUUUGAAGCUAAUAUCCUCCACUCUAAUGUCUAUCCAUGGCAUCUUCUCUUCUCCUUCAACAUUUCGCUUCACCACUCAAGAAUUGCCUUCUUCGUCGCCUUCUUUUUCACAUCUAUCCAAGUUUCUCACAUCCACUUCUCUCCUAUCACCUCACUCUCUUUCGCUACCCAUUACUGGUGUUACGCUCAAAAGGCCCGAGAUCGGGAUUCAUCUCUCCCGAGUCGCCACGCAAUUCUCUGAGGAAAUUGUUCGAACAAAAGAUGAGCAGCCUGGGGAGGAAGCUUCCGGAAACAGAGUUUUAGCCCAAAAUGUUCCCUGGUCCUCCACCGCAGAUGAUCUUCGUACUAUUUUUGGGAAGUAUGGCACUGUGGUUGAAAUUGAGCUUGCUAUGCAUAGCAGGAUUAAGAACAGAGGUUUAGCAUUUGUAACCAUGGGUUCGCAUGAGGAGGCUUUGGCAGCUCUGACCAAUCUUCAUUUGACGGAAUUUGAUGGAAGAAUUUUGAAGCUUAAAUGGGUGAAACCAAAGAUAAAGAAACCAACUUCUUAUCCAAUAGCUCCUAAGCCUGUGCGUAUUCACACCUUGUUUGUGAGAAACUUGCCAUUUCAAGCAAAAUCGAAAGACCUGAGGGAAUUCUUCAAAUUCAAAAAAGGAAAUGCUGUUUCUGCAAAGAUCGUAUGUUAUGAAAACCCAUGGCGUUCUGCAGGAUAUGGAUUUGUUGCCUUCAACACCAAGGAGGAGGCUGAAGCUGCACUGUCUGCAUUUCAGGGGAAGGAAUUUAUGGGUAGACCAAUUAAAGUAGAAAUGAGCACAAGAAUUCAAAGAGAGAACACAAAAGUGGAUAUUCAAUCUCAAAGUACAUCACCUUCUCUUGAUGCUUGAAAAGUUGAAAGGGUGAGUGUCGAAAUUCAUUCUGUAUACCAUUCUACUUGGUAGCUUGAAUUGCUACUUGAGUCAAGGUCUUAUGAUAAAUGUAAAUAUUAUAGUUAAAAGGUAAAAUUGCCUUUUCUCACAAUCCGGUCCAUAGCUGUCAUGCUUAUUUUUACCAUGCUGUCAUGUUUAUUUUUACCAUGCUUUCAUAGUGUCAUGUUUAUUUUUACCAUGCUGUCUUGAUUUUGUCAUUGAAGGAGGACCAUGACUUUAACUAAAAAAUAGCAUCCCGAUAUAUCUUAUCCUCAUGUUGUACUACGCAUGGACUGGGAUGAACCGGGUCAGGCCUCGAGCCUGGGCGGGCAUCGGGACUAAGGAAAUCAGGCCCGGUAUUGGCCCAGUUUGUACCGGUUCCGGUCCAGGCUACCCGGCCGGGCUUGGCUCAGGCUUGUAUUAGUUAUUUGUUAAUUUUGUUUUCUUGAAUUAAUACCAAUUUGUGGCUCACCCCACCCCCAAACCCACCCAACCCCACCCACCUAGCAGCCAGCCCAAUAGGGAAAAAGGAAAAUUAAUUGGUGACCGUUAGGCCUGGACCGGGCCCGGCUCGGCCGGCCAGGUCCACCAAAAUAGGAGCCCAAGCCUGCCUCCCUUUUCCACCGGGCCGGGUACGAGGCUGGUCCUAAAUAGUAGCGGGCCGGGUCGGGCCGGGUCGGGCCUCCCAGGCCUCCCAGGCCUGGUCCAUCCCUACUAGGAAAAUGUAUUUGGACUAGAGAGACUAUUAUGACCUCAAAAUAAACCCCGGAUUAUAUUCUUCUAUUUCCAUGGUCAUGUGAGUCUAUGUAACCCUAUAAAUCCCACAAUCAUGUUAGGAUAGCUGUUCCUGAAAACCCCUAACCAUCAUUCUCAGCUCAUUUUUAACCUUUGUUUACUUCUUUUGAGAUGUUGGUAACUCUUGGGGAUCUAAACUAGCCGAAGUGCAUACCUUUUUUCUGAGAGUUGCAUCCGGCACGGCGCAAAAGAACAAACUGAUACAACUCAGUCCCCCUUGAAUAAUGAGUUUCUUGCGGUCAUUUCCAGCAUUCUAUGAUUUCAAUAUACAUCAACACAUGUUGGAUAUAGAGCCUGUUAUCGUGACUUUGGCAAAUUGUAACUAUAUAAGUAGACGCAAUUAUAUGGCACUUUAUUGAGUACAUGACCUUAUGUGAUGGUUUCAUAAUAGUUCCAGACCUUAUAAUGGGAAUACAUCAACUCCAUUUACCCCAAAGUAAGGUGAACCUCUUGGAGAGAAAUAAGGAGAACUACUCAAUAGUAUGUAUAAAAUCGAACUACCUUAUGUUUUUAUUAGCUUUUGGUCCUAAGAUAUUACUCCAUCCAUUCCGUUAAUAAUGUCUAUC